UCAUUUAAUCGCGUUAUGAAGCCUAAAACGAGUAGUAUUUGGCAGUAUUUCUCAGAAAUCGACGAUAAUUACGCAAAAUGUAAAACGUGUAACAAAAACUAUUCGAGAAAAGGCCGAACUACAACAUCAUUGAAGGGACAUUUAAAAUCUAUGCACAAAGACAAAUUUGGAGAGUUUUGUAAAAUUGAAGAACAAAAAGAAACUGAAAAAUUCAAUCAGUUGAAAUCAGCACUUAUACCACUAGAACAAGUGAAAAGCCGACCCGAUGAUGGUGCUGAAAUAAAGAGCGAACCGGAUGACCAAAUACUCCAACCUGUUCCUGAGUGUUCUAGUCGCAACCCUGAAGAAUAUUUGCCAGAAAAUCCACCAAUUGCUAAUCAUGCGAAAGAUGUCGCAAAACAAUCAAUACCUAAAAGACAUUUCGGAAAAGUGGUUUGUAGAAUGUGCCUUGAAUCGGCUGCAAAGACACAAAUGGUUCCACUUACAACGUGGGAUGUCAACUACUCCGGCAGAAGUGAAGCUUACAAGCAGAAUAAAAUUUUGCAAACCGAAAGGGUUAACAGUAUGAUCAAUGUUGUGAUGCCAAACUUUGAUUUUGACAUAGCCUACAAUCCAAUGAUAUGCCACAAAUGUGUUGCACGACUUGAGUCAGCUUUCAAUUUUAUCGAGGAGUGUAAAGAAUCUGAGAAAGUGAUCCAUUCGUAUAAAACCAAAUUUGCUCCCCAUCAAGAAUUAGUUUCCUGCGACGACGUUGCUCAGAACAGGCGAUUACUAGAAAAAGAAGAGUCACGACGAAAAAGAAGGAAGUCUUCCAAACAACAUGAUAAUGAUAGAUUGGUGACCAGCAGUCCGCUCGGACAAAACGAGUCAAUAUCUGCCGGCGAUACUAGUCAAGUAGAAGUACAUGAAUUUGAAAGGGUUGAUUGUGGUGAGAGCCAAGAAAGCAUCACAAUGGAAACAAAUUCGGAAAUUAUGACUUCGAUCAAAUCUGAACGAGAAGAUUUGGAAUGUGACGACAGCGAAGGUAAUUCAUUUCUAAUAAACACAGCAGAUUUAACGUCAGUUAUAGUCAAGGAAGAGGUUUCGGUGAAAGAGGAAGUUCCUUGCGAUUUCAAUGAUCUUCCAACGAAUGACCAACAUUGUGACCUCAUUGUGAAAGAUGAAGCCUGCUCACUGACUAUUGCGUAUGGUACAGAUGAGAAUGAUGAGUAUCACAGAGAUUCUGCAUUAUCGAGAAAACGAAAAGAAAUGGAUCCCGAAACUUGAUCAGUUAUGUUGUUUAUAUUUUGAUUUUUUCCAUUAAAAACAUUUCAAUUUUUA